AUGGCGAGAGCCUUCCGCGCGGCCUCCCCGCUGCCCCUGCCAAGCUCGAGGAGCGCCGCCGCGGUGACGAGCGGCGGCGGGAGAGGGAACUUCCCGUGGCUAACGAAGAAGACCUCGAGCAAGCCGGCGCCGCCGAGCGGGGGCGGCCAAGAGAGCAAGGGCGACGAGCCCGAGGGGGCGAACGCCGCCGCCACUGCCGCAGCCGGGUCCAUCGAGCAGUCGCCGUCGCCGUCCUCGUCCUCGUCGUCGAGGAAGCGCGCGGAUGCGCUGGCGCGGCUGCGUGCGGCGUUCCUGGCGGCGAUCACGCACAGGCGCCGCCGCCGGCAGCUGGGGUCGUGCGUGACGGGCACCAUCUUCGGCCGGCGGCGCGGGCGCGUGCACGUCGCGCUGCAGACGGACCCGCGCUCCGCGCCCGUGCUGCUGGUGGAGAUGGCCGCCUACUCCACCGGCGCGCUCGUCAGGGAGAUGUCCUCGGGCCUCGUGCGCCUCGCGCUCGAGUGCGAGAAGACGCCGCUCGCCGCCGGGGAGAAGCGGCGGGGGUUGCUGGAGGAGCCAACGUGGCGCGCAUACUGCAACGGUCGCAAGUGCGGGUUCGCGGUGCGCCGGGAGUGCGGCGCGGACGAGUGGAGGGUGCUCGGCGCGGUCGAGCCGGUGUCCGUGGGCGCCGGCGUGCUCCCGGACGACGUCGCCGGCGCCGGCGCCGGAGCAGCGGAGGGCGACCUGAUGUACAUGCGGGCAAGGUUCGAGCGUGUGGUGGGUUCCAGGGACUCGGAGGCGUUCUACAUGAUGAACCCCGACGGCAGCGGCGGCCCUGAGCUCAGCAUCUACCUUCUACGAGAGUCUGACCGGCACCGGCGGGCUGGUGGACAUGGCUGA